AUGUUGGCUCGAUUGUUUUUUAGUGCGUUGCUGGUGCUGCUGGCAACCUCAGCGCAGGGUGACACCCGCCAGGCUGCAGUGGCGGAGAAAUUCAGCGAAUUUCGUGGUCAGGUGGUAUUGGUGGAUUUCUGGGCGUCAUGGUGUGGCCCCUGCCGCCGUUCCUUCCCGUGGAUGAACGCCAUGCAGGAAAAAUAUGGUGCUGACGGGUUCCGCGUGAUUGCUGUGAAUGUUGACAAAGAGCGUGCAGCAGCCAAUCAGUUUCUGGAUAAGUAUCCUGCUGAGUUCACCGUCUGGUAUGACCCGGAAGGCGAUCUCGCACGAACUUUCAACGUUUCUACUAUGCCGACCUCUUUCAUUCUGGACGUCAGCGGCCAGGUGCGCAGCGCGCAUCGCGGUUUUCUGAACAGCGAUAGAGAUGAUUACGCCUGGGAGCGCCAGGAUCUGGCUAAACGCGAAAUGUCGAUCAUUAACGAACCGCUGGAAGCCGCCAUUUCGAUUGCCCUGGCCGCGGCGACAUCCAGCUUGCUGGCAAACGCCGCAGCGGGUGAAGAGAACGAUGUUGGCUGGGAAAUUGAUACGUCCGUGCUGUACUACGGUGAACAGGAUGAUCGUGUUGAAGACACCAGUCUUGCUCUGCGUAUCGCACGAAAAUUUGAAGACGGACGAGCUCUGGUUGCGGGUUUAAGCACCGACUCUCUGACGGGUGCUUCGCCGACAGGUGCGGUGCCGCUUGGCGAACCGCAGACGUUUACGCGUCCAUCGGCCCGCGGCCAGUAUGUGACUCAACCGGGUGAAAUCCCCCUCGAUGACAGUUUUAAAGACAGUCGUGUGGCCGGCUAUGUGAGCUGGACCCAACCGUUUGGCGAGAACUGGACAGCUAACGCUGGUGUAUCUUUCUCUACCGAAUACGACUACGAGCACCUGGGUUUUAACGCGUCCCUGGCUCGGGAUUUCAACAACAGAAACACCACGGUUGCGGCGGGCUUUGCCUAUGCCCAGGAUGAACUGGAUCCUGAAGGCGGAGCGCCCAUACCCUUAAGUGAAAUGCGCGGUAUCGGCGAUACAUCUAAUAAACUCAGUGGCACCCAGGAUAAAACCGUCACGGAUCUGUUGAUUGGCGUUACACAGAUAUUGAACGAGCGCAUGUUGCUGCAGGUGAAUUAUUCGUUCAGCCAGUCGGACGACUAUCACAACGACCCGUUCAAGUUCUUAACCGUUCUGGAUGCCAGCGGUGCACCGGUGCCGGGUCCGGAUGGUCUGUACAGCUACCGAUUCGAAAACCGGCCUGAUGAGCGUACAAAACACAGCCUUUUCACCAAAUUGAAGACCUAUAUUGGUGGCGGUGCGUUGGAUACGUCUUAUCGGUUCAUGACGGAUGAUUGGGGUAUCAAUUCGCAUACGCUGGACAUGCGUUAUCGGUUUAAUAUUUCAGACCGAAAUUACAUAGAACCCCAUGUGCGCUUUUAUCAGCAGAGUGAGGCGGAUUUUUAUCAGGCUAAUCUUAUUGCUGGAGACACAGUGCCCAAUGAAGCGUCAGCCGACUACAGGCUGGCUGAAUUCACCGGCACAACCUUUGGCGUUAAAGUGGGCCACAAGUUCAACAACGGCAACGAAGCCUCUGCGCGACUGGAGUGGUACAACCAGGACGGUACGGCCAAGCUGGCUGGUGUAGCCGGUGGUGCUAACGUAUUCCCCGAGUUGGAUGCGGUUAUCUUCCAGGUGCUCAUGGAAACGGAUGAUGUGCAGCUCGCGGAAGGUCUUCUGGCGAAAGUCAGAGAUGAAGCCUGGCGCAUUGAAGCGCGUUGGAGCAGGUACCUGUCCAGUAGUCUGGUACAACAAAUUAAUCAGGCGCCGGACCAGGUGCAUGUGUUGGAUGCUGAAACGGCUUCACUGAUGGACUACUGUCAUCAGCUCUGGCAACUCAGCGAGGGUGCUUUUGAUAUCACCAGCGGUGUCCUGCGGCAGGUCUGGACCUUUGAUGGCGGAGACAGUGUGCCGUCGCAGUCCAAGGUGGAAGACAUACUGCAGUACGUUGGCUGGCACAAAGCUUCGUGGCAAUCUCCCAAUUUGCGCCUGUUACCUGAUAUGCAGAUUGACCUUGGCGGCGUGGGCAAGGAAUACGCGGUUGAUCUGUGUGCGACACGUCUGCGUCAGCACAGUGACAUCAGUUGUCUGGUGAACUUUGGUGGUGAUUGUGCCGUCAGCAGAGCUCGCAAGCGCGCGCCGGGAUGGGACGUUGGUAUUGAGUCGACGGCUGCUCUGGGCGAGGCGGGUACGCGGGUGUUGUUGCAGGAGGGCGCGCUUGCCACCAGCGGCAAUUCGCACCGCUUUGUCUGGUAUAACGGUGAGCGGCUCAGCGCCACGAUCAGUCACGGUGCAGGCCAACACCUGUCUUGA